AUGUGGCAAACGCUAGAGCAGGUGGCAAAGAAUGCGUCGGGGUACGUUAAUUCCGUCCAGGAGAAAGCACAGAGUCUUGCAAUUGCUGUGCAGGAUGAAGCGUCUACUCUGCUUCAUAGUGCCAUGAGAUCGAUUCGUACUGGUCCCGUGGAUGAAAUACUUUUCGAAGAAUUGGCAGAUUACAAGGCGUUUUCGACCUUUUUUUCUAUCGACGAACACAAGCAUGAAAUUACACGCGCAAUGGAUGAGAACAAUGAUAUUUGCGAAUUGCAUCAUACGCUAGUGCCAUCAAAGUUGAGCGAUGAAGAGUUUUGGCGUCGCUACUUUUUCCGUCAGCAGCAGACACAGUUUUUGGAGCAAAUUGAUACAUUGACACCACCUGAAGAAAAGAGAGAAGACGAAACAAGACCAGAAGAACGACAACAAUCAGAGCAGGAGGGAAUUUGGCUUUUACGAGCCGCAAGAGACGCAGAGCGUCGCGCAGCGACACAGUGGCGACUAAAAGCUAGAGAGUUGCACUCUCAAUUGCAAGAGAUAAAGCAGAUACAUGAUGAAAAGGAGCAAAAGGCUUUAAAUGAGUGGGAACAACAACUGCAGACACUAUGUGAUUCGUACGAGAGUAAGAUGGCUGCAACUUUGAUGCAGAUUGAUGAAGCACGGGCUCAAGGCUAUGAUGAAGGCGUUCGUGAGAGUCAGGCAAUUGUAGAAAGCAUCAAACAUAAAACAGAGAAAGAAGUAUUGCAACGUAGGGUUGAUAUAGUAGAGAAUGGCUCAAAUGAUGCUCAAGUAGCUCGGUUGAUAAAAGAGAAGGAAGAAUUAGAGAUGAUGGUGCAAUCUGCUCGUGAAAGAAUUGCUGAAUUGGAAAAGCACGAAGGUGGAUUAAAAACUACAGCUGCUGUUGAACUGACAAAGGAGAAGGAUCUGUGGCGGAUGCGAGCACUCAAGAUGAAGAAACUAAAGGACCUCGUGCAAGCUGAGCUCACGUCUCUACGACAGCAACGUGACGCUGAUGCAGCUACUCAGUUAGCAAAUUCUGAUGCUUCUGCGAGUGCUCAAGCUGGAAAUAUCGACGAUCAUAGCAAGCUUCAAGCUCGGAUGAAUGACUUACAGAUGCAACUGGCAAACGCACUGGCUGGUGCCGAAGCACGUGCUCGUGAAGCUUUCGAAAAGGGAAUUGAAGCUGGCAAGGCAGAGAUGGAGCAACAUAUGAAGCAAGAGCUUGAUCAGGCUUUUCACAACGGCUACAAAAAAGCACAGGCUGAAGCUAAAAGUGAAAUGGGCGUACUUAGAGCGGAGCUUGGAAUGUUUCGUGCUUUUCACGAAAGUGCAGCCCACUGUGCUGAUGACGUCGGUAACGACACCGAAAAUGUGCUUGAAGACUCAAUUGACGACGUCUUGCUGGCUGAUGGACUACCGCUGUGCUCACCGACGUCAUCAGUAUCGGUCUUUAGUGACGAUAGCAAGAACGACGCGAUGUUAAAGGCUACAGAUGAUUGGGGGGAGUGGUAA